AUUGCUCCUCAGCGGUGUGAGUGUCGCUCUCGAAUUUUGCCCUUCUUUCGCUAUUUCCUAGGUUCUCUAGGGUGUAUACUUCAUAUUUCAGUUCGCGGUCGUGGUCGUCCAAUGCAAGGUCGUUCAUCCCCUCGUUCACCCACCAGCCCUCAGCAAACAGCAGCUCGACGGAACAGCCAACAGAGCUCAGCACUCCGACGGCCCUCGAUGGUCCAUCCACAGCACGAGAUGCUCGCCCUACAACAACAGCAAGCCCUUCUCGCUGCUGCUCAAGGCAUGAAUCCAUUGGCGAUUUUUCCUCAAAUGGUCAAUAACAACAAUAAACUUGCCGGAAGUGUACUGGAUGGAAAACUCGGUCAGGCGGAUUGCAAAGCUCAGAAACUGGAGACCGCUGAUUCUCUUGACAACGGUGUCUCUUCUUCUGGAUCGGCAGAGGAUAUUCGAAACAAAUGCAUGGGUAGUCGAACGUUGUCGAAUCUAGUGCUGUCCAUGCGGCCACAGACUUCCCGGCCUGGCGAAUCGAUUCAACCGAGAUACCUGAGAUCCAUUCGGCGCCAGGAAACUAUACUUGAUAGAGAGCAGUACGUGCGUGAGCAAAUCGACGACGACGCGUCUCUGCUGACCGAAGAGCAGCACCAACGGGUGGCCGAAAUUCUCCGGAAGGUGAACCUGAGGAAAUUCGAGAUCGAGUUUUCUAUACACAGUGUUGGCAGGCUGGACAUGACGGUUUUGCCGCUGGAGCGAGCAUCGUUGGUACUGGAAGCUGUGCCGUCGGCAGCAGACGUUGAAAGAAUCCGCCGAUUCACUGCCGCUCAUCCAAAUUCACAAUGGACCGAAGCCGAGCAGUUCGUGAUUGAUCUGGCCGGCAUCGAAAGGGCUGAGGAGAAGUUGGAGGUGAUGGUGCAUACGGCAACGUUCGACGAGACUCUCAACACCAUUAGCGAGCAAUUGGACUCGUAUGCGACAUCCGCCAAACUCAUCCAGGAAUCUGAGCAGUUGCGAAUGAUUCUUCAGGCAGUUCUGGCACUUUUAAAUCAUCUGAACGGCAGUUCCCUCGAGGAGAAGGUUGUCGGUGGUUUUUGCACCAGCCAACUAGCAGAGGUGUGUUCGGCUCAGCUUCCCGAUGGCUCAUCUCUCCUUCAAACACUGACCGCGUUCAUCAGGGAUCGAGCACCAUACGCUUCAGAUGCUGCCGACCUUGUCGAACCGCUCAGUUCGACUGCUAAAGUACCGUUUCUAUCCAUCUACGAAGCGCUGCUGCGGCUGGACGAGGGAAACCAGCGGGUUCAGAUGGAGUUGGAGCAGCUUGACUUUGAGCACCCGGUGUUGGCCGUUAGACUCAGCGAGAUGCGCCGCCGUUUAGACGAAAUGGCUGAAAAGCUAAUUCGUGUGAAGGACCAAGUGCUUGUGAUGCUGUCGUAUAUGGGCGAAGCACUGCCCCGUACAGAAUCCGAGUUCCGCCCUGAACUCUAUUUGUCGAAAUUGUGCGAUUUCCUCAUCUCGUUACGUCUUCAGAACGAGUUGGACGUCGAGGUAGAGAACUGA